AUGUCGGGUACCAGUCCCAACGAGCCAGCACAUGGCUCUAAAGCAGACAUUAUGGACGAACCGACCAUCACACACGCGGAAUCUAGUACAAGCGCAGCAAAAUGGAAAUCUGCAAAAUCCAAGGAUGGUGACGUGGCCAUGGCACUUUUUGACGAUCCAAAUGAAUUGCACGAAGAGAUCGACCCAGCCGAAGCCCGACGAUUAUUAUGGAAAAUUGAUUUCAUGAUUCUACCAUAUCUAGCUGUGUGCUACGCAUUUUUUUACAUUGAUAAGACAACCUUGAGUUAUGCUGCCAUAUUUGGUAUUGAAGAAGACCUUGCAUUACAUGGUACUCAAUAUAGCUGGCUGAGUAGUAUUUUCUACUUUGGAUUCUUGGCUUGGGCAUUUCCAACAAACUUCUUAAUGCAGCGUCUCCCAAUUGGAAAAUAUCUCGGCGUGAACAUUUUUAUGUGGGGUGUUUUCCUUAUGAUCCAAGCUGCUUGCAACAGCUUUGAGACCCUUGCAGCCCUUCGAGCCCUGGGUGGAGCUGCCGAAGCAUGCUCGGACCCAGCAUUCAUGCUCAUUACUAGCAUGUGGUAUACUCGUCGUGAACAGCCAGUUCGAAUUGGGUUAUGGUAUACAGCAAAUGGCAUUGGAAUCGCUCUAGGUGGACUGCUGGGGUACGGUAUUGGCCAUAUUCGAGGUGCCUUACCUUCUUGGAAAUACGAAUUUAUCGUGAUCGGCUCACUUUGUGCUGCCUGGGGAAUUGUGAUGUUCAUUUUUCUGCCUGACUCUCCGGUGGCAGCUCGUGGACUCAGCAAGAGAGAGAAACGAAUUGCUGUUGAGCGCAUCAGGGAGAAUCAAACUGGUGUUGAAAACAAGCAUUUGAAGCCUUAUCAAAUCCUUGAAGCCUUCAAAGAUUAUAAGCUUUACAUGUUUUUUAUAUUGGGAGUCGUUUGCAAUGUUCCCAAUGGUGGCAUCUCGAACUUUGGUACAUUGAUCAUUAAAGGAUUCGGCUAUUCUACUUUGGUCACAACUGUCUUACAGAUCCCAUAUGGAAUUUUCAUCGCAUUGUCAAUUUUGACAUGUGUCUUCCUGAACGACCGAUUCGAAAAUCGCCGCUGCGUUUUUGUUUUAAUCUUUCUCAUUCCCAACUUGGCUGGUGCAUUUGGCCUUGCCUUUGUUCCAACUGAUCAACAUGUCGGUCGGCUCAUCUGCUACUACUUGACUGGGCCAUAUAAUGCCGCUUUUGUACUGAUUCUGAGUAUGCAAAUUGCCAAUACAGCUGGCCACACGAAGAAGGUUGUAACCAAUGCAGUGCUGUUCCUCGGAUACUGCACUGGAAACAUCGCCGGUCCAUUCUUCUAUAAGACCGAUCAAUCUCCAACCUACACUUUGGGAAUCUGGUCCAUGAUUGUAUCGCAUCUUAUUGAAGCAUGCCUUAUUACUAUUCUCGGCCUGCUACUACGGUGGGAAAAUAAGAAGCGCGAUCGCAUCCAAUCUCAGAUGGAGGGUGGACUUGAAGGCAGGGAUUUGGAUGCUACUGCUUUCUUGGAUUUGACUGACCGAGAGAACUUGAAUUUCCGUUAUAUUUAUUAG